AGAAUUCUGAUGGCAUUUGAGAAAGGAAAUAUUGGAGAAUUCAAAAACAAAGGACUUGAUGAAAUAGAAAUCAACAUAGAUGAUGAAUGUGAGAAUGAAGACCUACUGAAUACUGGUAAUAUCAUUGAAGAUGAGGAAUUUCAAGAAAUGAAUAAUAAUAAUACAGAUAUAAAUGGAAAACUACAAGACAAAUGUAUGCAUAUUGAUGAUGAAGAUGUUUCUAAAGGUGAUGUAGAUACAAUGAAAGUAGGGCCCUACUCGAUAAUGAAGAACAGUAUAUUGGACCUGGGCCAUAAAAAACAGCUGUCAGAUGAUAUUGUGAACUCUGCUAUUUAUAUUGCCACAAGAGAGAAAAAGGUAUUUAUUUUAUGUUGAAAGGUU